AUGUCAUUCAGACGGUCCUUAUCUGCAUCACCUGUAUCACACUGCGACAACUCUGAUAAAGCUUUCAGGCGAAUAAAAGACUCAUCCAAAUUGAGCUUUUGUCAAGUGUGUGGUGACAAAGCUAAUAUUAUGAAUUAUGGGGCACUUUCAUGUCAAUCAUGUAAAACAUUCUUUCGUCGUAAUGGUUUUCAUCCAGAACAUGUUCGACCAUGCUUUUUCAACAAAUCAUGUGAAGUAAAUAUCAAUACACGACGAAAUUGUACUGCUUGUCGUUUUGCGAAAUGUUUAUCGGCUGGCAUGAGUCCAGAUUUAAUUCGUAAAGAAAUUCAACAACGUAAAAAAUGUGUUUUACCGACAGAUGCUUAUAGUCAUCAUGAUGCCGUACAUAAACGUGUAAUGCCUACAUUACAGGUUUCCAUAUUAGACCAAUCGCAUAAUGAUCUAUCAUCUCUUAAUAAAUAUGAAAGAACAUUACUCUCAAAUAUCAUUCAUGCUCACGAUGCUUUCAGUGCUAUACCACAAAUACGUCGCACAAUUGAAAAUUUAACUGUAUCAUUUUCAUGUAAUGUAUCGUAUAAUGUAUCUAAUGUAUUUGAAAUCCUCAUUCUUAUGUAUACAUCUAUGGAAUCAUUCAUUAGUUCUUCACCUGAUUUUCGAAUAUUAACUACAAAUGAACAAUGUUCUCUUUUCGAACGCAAUUUACAUGGCAUGGUUGCUCUUAGCUCAGCCCUCUACUUUCAUACUACUGGCAUUAUUGAUACUCCUAAGUGUCUAGAAACAUUUGUCAUAGUCUAUGGAUCAGAAAUGAUGCUUCAAGUAAAGCAUGCUAACCAACAAUUAGAUCCUGAUUUAACUGUUAUUAAACUUAUGCUGAUUGUUCUUGCAUUUUCAUCAAAUUGUUUUAUUGUUCUCAAAAAGGAAAAACCACAAGCUGACAGUUUACUAAAUGGUACAUUUCAUUUAUUCGGCAGUCAGAAUGUAUAUGUCGAACUCCUGUGGAAAUAUUUGAUCUAUAAAUAUGAUCAUUAUAAUGCAGUAAUUCGAUUCAGUCAACUUAUUGGACUUGUUCUCAAUUUAGUUAAAUACUCAGCAUUACUCUACACAAAUAAUGAAUUCCAUUAUCAUCUAGUCAACGAAGUUUUAACACAUAUAAAACAAUCAUUUACUAAGGAUCAGAACAUACAAAAACCAUUAUGGGGAAAAACAGAACCAUAUAAUAAAGAAUCAUCUUCUUUCUAA